AUGCCCCCAACCAUUACAGUCUCUAAACGACAUCUUCCCGGAUACAAAUGCUUAAUAAUCUUAAUCCUCCUCCCAAUUUCUUUCACCAUUAUCUUCAACCACUACGAAAAAAUCACCUACUUUUUACGCCCACUAUGGGACACCCCACCACGCCCAUUCACCUACAUCCCACACUACUACGCAGAAAACGCUUCCAUGGCCACCCUCUGCCGCCUCCAUGGAUGGACCUUACGUUCUCACCCUCGUAAAGUCUUUGACGCCAUCAUCUUCAGCAACGAACUAGACUUACUAGAAGUCAGAUGGGGUGAACUUAAUCCAUACGUCACCAAAUUCAUAAUCCUUGAAUCAAACACAACCUUCACAGGUAUCCCAAAAGAUCUCACUUUUGCUUCAAAUCGCGAACGUUUCUCUUUCGUUGAAGAUAAAAUCGUAUACGGUUUCCUCCCUGGGAAAUUAGCGUCCAUGGGUAAAACCGUAAAUCCGUUUUCAGUUGAAGCACAUCAUCGGGUUUCCAUGAACGGGUUGAUUGCAAGUUCAGGUAUCUCUAAUGGCGAUUUAUUGAUUGUAGCGGAUACUGAUGAGAUACCAAGUGCGAAUACUGUGAAGUUGCUUCAAUGGUGUGAUGGGUUGCCACCUGUAAUGCAUCUUGAUAUGAGAAAGUAUUUGUAUUCUUUCGAGUUUCCAACUGACCCCACAUGGAAGGCGACAAGUCAUGUGUUUAAUGAACAUCGUACGAGAUAUAUGCAUUCAAGACAAACGGAUCUUGUGCUUUCGGAUACUGGGUGGCAUUGUAGUUUUUGUUUCAAGUAUUUGAGUGAGUUUGUGGAGAAGAUGAAGGCGUAUAGUCAUGCAGAUCGUGUGAAGAGUAAAGAACAUUUGGAUCAUGAAAAGAUUCAGGAAAAGAUUUGUAAUGGAGAUGAUCUUUAUGGGAUGUUGCCUGAAGAAUAUAGUUUUAAGAACUUGAUUGGGAAGAUGGGGUCGAUUCCUCGUUCAGUUUCUGCUGUUCAUCUUCCAAGUUAUUUGAUUGAAAAUGCAGAAAAGUUUCGGUUUCUUCUUCCUGGAGGUUGUUUACGUUCACCUGAUUGA